AUGGGCUUCCCAAUUGCCAAGGCGAUCGCCAAUUGGUAUUAUUGUUUGAAAAUAUUGAAGAGAGCCGAGUCGCUGAUCAGCAACUGUGAUGACCAGGACAUUUUCGACGAAAAUAACAAAGGACAAACCGCCCUGCAUGUGGCGUCUGCCCGCGGUUUUAAGCAUGUGGUCGACAUUUUAUUAGACAGAGGUACAGGUGUGUGCGCUAAAGACUUAAACGGAAACACUCCGCUGCAUUUGGCUGCUAGAAACGAUAAUCUUUCUGUGAUCAAUAGUCUAUUGUUCCGACAGCCCCAAGUUGCCUGCGAACAAAACCAUAAUGGAGAUACACCGAUGCAUAUAGCAUGUCGUUAUGGUUACUUAGAAUGUGUGAUGAAAUUAAUGGAACACAGUGGAACAGCAGACGUAGUUAAUGAAAAUUUGGAUACACCACUGCUAGUUGCUAUAAAAGAAAAACAUGAAAAUGUUGCGAUAUAUUUACUUCACAAUGCACCUGGAAAUUUAGACAUUUUUAAUAAUGAAGGUAAUGCUCCUAUUCAUGUUGCUGUACAAGAGGGUUUGUUAAAUGUUGUGGAAACAAUAAUAAACAUGGGUCAUGGUUUUGAGUACCCUAAUGAUAGAGGAUUGUAUCCAUUGCAUAUAGCUACCAGAUAUGGACAUGUUGAAAUUGUUAGGUAUUUAUGCAUUGCAGGAAGUGAUCCUCAGCAACGUAGUGUAGACAACAUUAAACCUGAAAUAACUGCUAUUAAAAAUAAUCAAAAAGAAAUAGUAUCAAUAUUUACCAAAUUAAACACUAAUAGUGCAAGAGAAAAUUACAUUCAACAACUACUAAUAAGUCAUGAAUACAUACAAAACACAAAUUUGUUGUUUUUUGGAUAUUCCAAUGCUGGAAAGUCAUCAAUUAUACGGUUGAUGAAACUAGGUCUGUUUUCGAUGCUUCUUGACAAAUCACGAAAUACUUUAAGAACAAUUAACACCAAUAGAACUAAUACGUCUCAGGGUCAGUGCAAUAAUGGAAAUGAGAUGAGUCUUACAGAAUAUAAUACUACAAACACUUCAAAUUAUUAUAAACACGACGGUACUAAGGGUAUAGCAGUUCAAAAGGAAAAAUUAUCGGGUAUUAACGAAUGCACAUUUUGGGACUUCUCUGGGGAAGAUACAUACUAUAAUUCUUAUCAUCAUGUAAUUCAAAAUACACCAAACAAAGUGGUUGUUAUUGUUUAUAAUGAGCAACAGUCUUCUACAGAAAUUUUGAAAACUGUACGUUAUUGGCUUAGUUUUGUUCAAGCAAGACUUCAAACCACAGAACCAAUAAGUAAGAAUGGUAUUUCAAAUCAUUUAGUGCCUGUGAUAAUUGUUGCUACACACAAUGGCCAGAGGAUAUGUCACCAACCUGACCAAUUAAUUAAAACUAUGAAAGAUGAGUAUGGACAUGUAUUUCAAAUGUACGAACAAUUAGUACUUUUUAAUAUAAUGGCAGUUGAUUCAUUAAGUGUGAAGAACUUUAAAGAAGCAAUUAGUAUAAGUAAAAAACGACUUCAUUUUAACAUUCCACGAAUGAGUGGUUUUUGUGAAGCCGUACAGAACUUUUUACCUAAAUUAAGAAAAAUUGCAAAUCCGUUUCCAGUAUUGUCUUGGAAGACAUUCUGUGAUACUAUUCAUCUUGAAGUAAAUCCACUGGCUACUAUUCAACAUUUAAAUAUAUUACUUAUCCAGCUGCAAAACCUUGGUGAAGUAUUAUUCUUAAAAUCAGGAUUACAACCAGAUUUGAUUGUUAUAUCACCACAUUGGUUUGGAUCAAGUAUAAUUGGUACACUGUUUUCAGUAGACUUUUUGAUCAGUCAGACACGUAUGUCUGGUUCGUAUCAAGCAAAUGAUUUUCAGAUCAUGUUUCCUCAUUAUGAUGCCAUGUCAGUACUUCAACUAUUGGAAACAAUGAAAAUUUGUGUCCAAUAUGAUAAUGAUGGGGACAUUGAAUAUGAAUUCCCCGCAUAUAUCAUAAGAGAAAAAGAUGAAACACUGUGGAAACCCUGGGGUAAUAAUGUCGUUGACUGUUGUUAUGGCGGAAUUCGUCUUAGUUCUCAACCGCAAGUUUUUGAACUUUUAACAUCAAUUUUUAUUAGAAUACAGGUUGAAUUACGAUACUUGCAAAACAAUUAUUAUGAAGAUAUGGACAGUUACCUAUAUCAAUGGUACGGUGGUACUGUGUUAUGUAUUAGCAAUAUAGAGUGCAUGGUAUCCCUAGAGCAAGAUGGUUGUAUUGAAAUAAAAAUUCGAGGUUCUAAAUCAUCAAGUUAUACCUGUUUUUAUUUUCUAGAAGAAAUAUUGCAUUCCAUUAAUCUAGUUUUGAUUGAAACAUGUCCAGGAAUGAAAGUUAUUAAAGAAUUUCUCAGUCCCUCAAAUUUAUCCGAACAUAUCCUACAGCCUCAUGGUUAUGGUGUUGAUGAUAUAUUCUAUUCAGUUCGGAAAACAUCAGAUUUCAAAUCAUUUGUUGUUAAUCCAUUAACCGGAAAAAAAGAAUGUGUAUUGGACAUAAUUGCAUUUGGAUGUGACCAGGUGGAAACAAUGUUAUCUUGUACGGAUAGUUUACCACUAACAGAACUGAAUACCAUGUGUCGCCAAGAAUUAAGUCGUCUCAUUGAUCCAGUACACCCAUUAGGAAGAGAUUGGGCAUUGUUCGCUCUGAACAUUGGAUUGGAUUCAAAAGUUCAACUAUUUGAUAAUGGACCAACUAGUCCUUUUCUAGCACUAAUAGAUACAUGGGCAACAGUUCAACCUGCUCCAACAAUAGGUACAUUGGUUGAUCAAUUAAAUGAAUUGGGACGCGAAGAAGUAGCUCUGGUUGUGUUGCAAAAUAUACAAUGUUUUAGAAUAAAAGUAAUGGAUAUAAAUAACUGUCCCGUAACAUUAAAUCAGUUAUAA